AUGGUCAAGACUUCCGUCCUUAACGAUGCGCUCAACGCCAUGAACAACGCCGAGAAGGCUGGCAAGCGCCAGGUCCUCAUCCGUCCUUCCUCCAAGGUCAUCGUCAAGUUCCUGUCUGUCAUGCAGAAGCACGGCUACAUUGGCGAGUUCGAGGAGGUCGAUGACCACCGCUCCGGCAAGAUCGUUAUCCAGCUUAACGGCCGCCUCAACAAGUGUGGUGUCAUCAACCCCCGCUACCCCGUUCAGCUCCGUGACCUCGAGAAGUGGGCUACCCAGCUCCUUCCCUCCCGUCAGUUCGGUUACGUCGUCCUGACCACCUCCGCCGGUAUCAUGGACCACGAGGAGGCUCGCCGCAAGCACGUUGCCGGCAAGCUCCUCGGCUUCUUCUACUAG